GUUACUCACUGAUCUACUCGCAUACGAUGUGAGUGAAAAGGACCAAGUCAUCAACAAUAGGUACCUAUGUUGGAUCUGAUCAACAAACAAACGAUACCCGGAUGUGAAUAGCCAUAUGCAGCCCUCUAAAAUGUGAAACUGUUCGCCAAGUCACUUGCAUCCGACCCGUUUGAAUCCCAUUUUCUCUGCCCUCGGUUAACAAACAAAGCAACUUUCUCACUCCCUGCCAAGCAUCAUCAUGGCCACUACAUCAAUAGCCAAGGCGGCCGCAAAGAGUGCCACCCUUCUUACAGCGGGCCGUGCCGCCUUCCAAGCGCGCCAAAGCUACGAGGUCUCCCCCGACAUCCCGCGCUCCUUCUUCCUCGGCCACCACCAUGCCGGCCUCGCCCGCAUGCGCCAGAUGCUGGCCAACGUCGGCCUGAUCAUCGAGUGCCGCGACUUCCGCGUGCCCAUCACCUCGUGGAACCCUCUCCUCGAGCGCUCUCUGGCAUCGUCCUCCCCCGCCGACGGCCGCGCCCGCAUCAUCGUCUACACCCACCGCGACCUCGGCCCCGCGGACCAAUCCGUCUCCCACACGGCCGCCGCCCGCCUGCGCGACUUCCACCUCGCCCACCGACACGCCGUCGAGGUGCUCUUCACCGGCCAGGGCCGGUCGCACGCCACCGCCAUGCGCGACCUGCUCGCCGCCGUGAAGACGGUCGCGCGCGAGCGGGACGCACUGACCGGCCUGCGCGCCCUGGUGGUCGGGAUGCCCAACGCGGGGAAGUCGACGCUGCUCAACGCGCUGCGCAAGCGCGGGGUGGGCGCCGCCAAGGUCGCGCGGACGGGCGCGCAGCCCGGGGUGACGCGCCGGCUGAGCUCGCCCGUGCGGAUCGUGGACGCCGAGAGCGACGGCGAUCCGAGCCUGUACGGCGUCGGCGAGGGCGUGUUUGUGAUGGAUACCCCCGGCGUGUUCGUCCCCUACGUGUCGGACCCGGAGAAGAUGCUCAAGCUUGCGCUGGUCGGGUGCGUCAAGGACGGCAUCAUCCCCAAGGAGACGCUGGCGGAUUACUUGCUGUUUCGGCUGAACCUGGCGGCGGCGGCGGCGGCGGCACAUCAUCCUGACGCGGGGGCGGGUUUUGAGUACGUGGCGCGGUUAAAUAUGGAUGCGCCUACCAACGAUGUGAGUGAGUUUCUUCGGGCUGUCGCUAGGCGCGUGGGGAAGCUAGCGAAAGGGGGUGGGGUGAACUACGAGGCGGCCGCCGAGUGGGCGGUGCAGGAGUGGAGGAGCGGCGGGCUUGGGAAGCUGCUUCUGGACGAGGUCACCGCCGAGACACUGGCGGCGGCGAUGGAGGCGGCCAAGGACGAUACCCUCAGCAUGAACCAGGCGAGGAAGAGGGAGAAGGAGGCGAAAAAGGAGAAGAACAAGGCUAAGAGGCUAGGGAUAGCGAGUGGAAGCGGGGGAGAUGCAUGAGGUUGAGAAGUCUAGGUUAAAAGGAACUGGUGGUACCUGAAGACGACACGAUGCCUUCACGUUGGCAUCAACACCGAAGUCUCCUGGGUGAUCCAGCAGGCAGUUUGCAUUCAUCAGAUACCCGCUAUUCUCAUCAUAUCAGACCAGUACAAAUACAAAUACCAU